AUGAAGGGGGUCCAGAAUCGCCGAACGCUCGAGAAAAUCCUGAGUCGUGCCCAAGCCGAGCCUGCGACCAGCGCCGACGACACGCAAGACGCUCCUGGCCUGCAUUCGGAUCUGGAGGGCACUUCCAGUGCCCAACUCGCGACGAGUGCCCUCGAGGGUUGCGACUACUCCCAACCAGCGUUGCCAGGGACAAUCACUCCCAUGGACCCUCACAAUUUGAUGCAGAAUCUGGAUCAGGACCUGCAGGGAAACUCCCGCCGCCUGACGAGGAGGAUCCUGCGUUUACUGGGAGAGCAGUUCCCCGUCGGUCAAGGGAACGACGCUGCUCCCGCAGUCGAAGCAUCGCGUGGCCUCCACGAUCUUCUGCCCUCCAUCACCAACAUCGCCAAGCAAGGCUGGAACCUCGACGAGCGCGGCAAAGCCAAGAGGGCCAGACGAGUUGCCGAGUUGCCCGUUGCCGAGCUGCCCGUCGAGGACUCGAAGCUGCUAGAGGCGUGGACCCCCGAGGCUCUGCAGGAGACCGUGAGCGAGGUGACGAGGUAUUUCGAGUACGGGCUUCGGGGCUCCAAGCGCGAUGUGGCCAGAGACUUGGACCCGCUCCAGAGAGGGUUGAUCACCGAGACCAAGGCUCAGCAGCUCUUUCAAGCAUUCUUUGACAUGGUACACCCUCAGUGGGCAAUGCUUGACCCUCAACUGCACACACUCGAAUUUGUCCGUGUACAAUCAGCUCUCCUCACGGCCACGAUCCUCGCGCUGGGAUCCAUAGCGCUGGCAACAAUGCCCGAAAGGACCGAUGAGCAGGUUGCCGAGGCCAUGAAACUGCACGCCCAUGCCGAGAAGAUGAGCCUGGUUGUCUACUCGACAGGGGCGCGGUCAAUCGAGAUCGUGCAGGCCCAAGUUCUACUGUCACGCUUUGGAUUGGCCUCGCGGACCCGCCUGGACGAGCAGCGAUGGGUUCGUUCGGCCAUGAUUCCUCGCAUGGCGGCCGAGAUUGACCUGAUGUCUCACACUCCCUGUGGAGUUGAACAGGACGCGGAUCCGGACCUUGAGACGCAGGGAUGGAACUGCCUGCGUACAAGGGCGUUCAUGAUACUCAAUGAGUACAGGUUCUUCACCUUCUCCGGCCGUGCCCCAGUCAACCUGUCCUACUUCGAGCUGGACGACCGCGAGAUAGAUGAAAUUACGCGGCUUUGGGCGGAUCAUCCGUCAUCCAGCCUUCCGGCGCUGUAUCAUCUAUAUCUCUUUCAGAACGAAGUGCGGCGGAGACUCGAGUCAACCCGGACUGCCGCAGCCCUUGCGACCCUGCAGCUGAAAGGCGACCUCGUCUGGGUGACGGAUCACACCGAAAGAUGGAUCGCGACCUGGGCCGAAGGGCUCAAGUCGCGCCGCACUUACUGGCACCUCGUCCACGACGCCCUCAGCUGUCAACUGCUGCUGUCAUCUAGGAUCAUUGGCCGGCUCCCGCAGUCCAGCGACAUGGCACAGUACCAACACCACCUGCUCAACAUCUCGCUGCGCAUCUUCCAGUGCGCCCUUGCGACGCCUCAUGCCACCCACAUGACCCACCGGGCCAGCACCUUUGCCUUUGCUGGGGCCAUCAUCCUUCGGUUUGGCGAUCGGCGCGACAUGGUCCUUCGGCUGGCCCUCCGCAUGGCAGGGGACCCUUGCAGGGCAUGCGUGCCCACGUUUGUGCGGAACGCGGGGAAGCAACUACUAGCUAUGCUAUGCGCGAACCACGGCCAACCACAACCGGCUGCCCAGCCCACUGAGCCCUCAACCGAGACCUUGGUGUUCAGCACCCCUGGACUGUCGCCGCAGCAGGCCACCGCGACCGACCAAGAUGAUCCCAAGCCCCAGCAUAGACGUCAGCCAGGCCUUCAAGAGCAGGGUUCUCCGGCGAGUGGCGAUCGGCAUGAGCAUCAAUACUCGCCGGAUCAUAGCACAGCCUUGCAGUAUCUGGAAGAUCCCCCCUCAUGGGACUCCGGCGCCGUUGAACAACCGCAAGCGCAGUCGGACACGCAACCGGCCGAAUGGACGAUGCUCGCAUCGCAUGUACCAGUCUUUGCCUCGCCCUCGGUGCUUAAUGCCGGCGACCCGGCAACCAGCGUGGGCAACUUCUUCAACCUCGACACGUCGUUUGACUUUCCCUACGUGGCAAACUCGGCGAGUCCGCAGAACGCCGUCUUUUCGUCGCACGAGCUUGUGUCUGACUUUGAGAUGCUCGCCGGAGACACUUUCAUAGGACCUGCUGGAUCAGCAACGCGGCAGGGAAUCUUUGAUGACAUCCUGUCAGUCUUUGACGGGCCCGGCAGCUCCACGGAUGCUCCGCAACGGUCAAUGUUUGCUGAUGCAGGCAAGAUUGCGGCACCUGACCCGGGCUUCAACCUGGAUGCCAACGGUGGACUCGCAUCACUCGAGAAUGCCCUUUCCCUGCCGGAAAGCUUCGCCGGUGUUGGGGACAUGAACCAGUCUCGGGGUCAGCAGGAAUCCCGACAAGUUCUGUACUCUAUCAUCGGAAGGCUUUUACAACUGGCGUCUUCCGGCUAG